GUAUGUUAGUUCAUGUUUGAAACAUAAUCGUUUGGCAUACGUCCAUAGUUAGCUGAUGAAUAAAAUCUAUUUAUUAUAAUCAUUGUCCGUAUUAGCCGUUGAGAUUAUUUCACUAAGUAUAUUGCAAUUAGUCAGAAUUGUUUUGUGCUUAUUUUUAGCGAGACAUAUAAUCUGUUUAUUAAAUUACGGCUAUAUUCCUAUUCACUUUUUGUUAUUGAAUAUCAUUGGAAUGUCGAAUUUUAGUGUAAAAAAUAAUAUCCGACCUGACGGCACUUUCAGACGGAAUUUCGGAUCCGCAUUGUGGCAUUUUGAUUGUUUCUUUUAUCCGCCUUGGAGUUUUAGAGUCAUUUCGAAUAAUACGACCUAUGUUCCAAAUGACGAAAGAAAAGCUGCGGAGAUAAUAAGGGCAAAGGACAUGACCUUAAUUCCUUAUUUUGAUAAUCUUUUUUGGGCCGGAUUUAGAGACUAUUACCACGAAAGUUUUAUUUAUUACAAAUCAGGAUCGGAUAAAGUUUGCCGAGAUUGCGCAAUUUUUUCGACAAGUAUGAUUCGGCAGGUACGGCGUUGGCAAGAGAGGGAAGGCCAAACUGCUGAUUAUGUUCCUCCUUAUAGUCGUUAUAUUUACCACCAAAUGCGCACACCAGAAAUGAUUAACGCACCAUUAUUAAAACAUUUCUAUUGCGAUAAUUGUCGAAAAGCAAUACCAAAAGCUGUUGUAAACUCCGAAUUAUGUGUUCAUUGCCGAGUAAAAUACGCCGAGAAUUGGCAGCACUUUCAGCGAAGACCUUAUGAUGUUAUGGAUUUCUUAUCCUCAGUUUAAAAAAAAAAACUCUUUAAUUUAUUAAAGAUUAUUUUUUAUUUACCUUUUUUUUCUUAUAUAUGAUUAAUAUUUUUAUUUUUUUUUACAUGAGAUUUCGUACUUCGAACAAAAGUUAUCGAAUGUGAAUUUUCGUACAAUUUAGUGUUUAUUUAUAUACGAAUUUUUAACAGUUUGUUAAAAUUCCAGUUGGAAUUUGUGAAUUUAAUAUAUAUUAACCAUUUUAUAAUAGUGUUUACUAAACUCUGUUCAUAAUUAAACUAAAAGAGUUGUAAUUGAUAUUGUUUUUCUGCUCGUUCAGUUACAAAUGCGAUAUAUACGUCUUAUUUUGAAUCGGUCACAUGACAUUCGCGUGAUUCAGAUGAUCUCAAUUAAUAUAAUCAAUAUAAUUUUUUUUUUGGUAAUUGGCGAUAUAUAUAUAUAUUCUCAUUUUAAAUCGCUCAUCUUGUGAUAUAGGUUAAUAAUUAGAAUGCCUAUUUAAAAAAAAAAAGAAAACAACCAUUUGAUAAUUGUAUUUAAUCAUAAUAUAUUUUUAAAUAAAAAAAAAAAAAAAAAUUUCAGUUGAUUACAUACAAACCCUAAUAGAAAAAAAAGGGGGCACUAUAUAUAUGUGAAUAAUCAGUUUUUUUUUGUGUUUUGAGUAAUAAAAAUUUUGAUUGGAAAUCAAAAUUUUUGAAUAAGGGGGGGAAUGUAACGCUGUGCUGUUACCAACCAUCAGGGUUGGGUAACUUGACGUAUUUUAUCUUAAUAAAUAAUUAUAAUAAUAUUUCAUUUUAUUUAUUUAAACACUAAGACAUAGUUAUUAGUUCCCAAUUGAGAGAAAAAGAGAGAGAGAGAGAAAAGGGAAGGAAAAGCGAAUUGACUAGAUAAGAAUAAAAGUAUAUAUGUAUAGUAUAUGUAUAAGAAUAUGUUUAUGGAUAUGUUUGUGUAUAUGUAUAUAUGUGAGUUAGUAUGAAAUUCGAUAAAAUGAGUAUGUGUAUAUGUGUGUAUCUGUAUAUAUAUAUUAAGAGACAUGAGAAAGAGAGAGAGAUAAAAAUAAUGAUAAGGAAAUGAUAAGAUUUAAGAGGUACUUUGGAAGGGUUUUCUGCAGUUUCCCCUAUCCUCUGAAAGGUUGUUCAGGCGAAUGCGAGUACCUAUUUACAAAUCGGCUGCAGACGUUAAAAGGACAUAAGAAAUAAUGUAAUUAAGGUCCUUUUACAAUGAAUCUGAGUUCUUCCUUUUAAACAUUUUUAAUUUGUAAAUAAUUAAUUAUUAUUUGAUCAAACUUUGAUAGAAGGGUUAAAAUUUGUCAAAAUGAAAUUCUUUCUUUUUACGAUCAAUAAAUACAAGGUCAAAAACUACUGUUAGAUUUAAGGAAUUACUUUGGCUAGAUGAGUCAUCUCAAGAACACCUGCAUAUUCCAAGGUCAGAGGUAGAAGGUUAUGUAUGACUCAUGCCGUAAAUGACCGUUUGUAAAUGUCAAGGACACUCUUUAAAAUACGCAAACAAGACCGUGACUCAUAAUGCGUAUUUUAGUACAAAAACUGCGUUUUAUGGACACCUGCAAGCACACCUGCAUCUAAGAUCAAAAUAGAGGAGAAAAAUAGGACAGAUCAAAACCAAGAACUUGACUCUCAUUGGUGGCAUUAUUUCGAGUGAAUCAUUUUUCUGAAACAGGAUUGGCUGGGAUCAUAGACCCAAGAUCGGGAAAAGAGUAGGAAUACUCCUAUAAAAGAAUGAGGACCGAGAGCAGAAUUCAGAGAGAAGAGAGUGAGAGAGAGUAGAAGACGAAGUAGAAGAAGAUUCUUGAUAAUUCACGGUUUUCGUAGCAAAUAAUAUUCUAAAGUUAAUAUUGCGUAGUGAAAUGUCUUGAGAGAAUCUUAGAAAGAUUUAAUUUAAUAGAACUCAGAUUCAGUUAAUUACUGAAUAAAACAAUUAGUGAUUUUAUAUGAAAUUUAA